AUGUUGUCCAAGCCUGGCUCAGCUACCUACAAAUCGAAACUGAGAUCGGCAAAAAGGGCUCGCUCUGCUGAUCCUAUUUUGGAAAAUUCAGUUAAUAAGGCGAUCAGUGAUAUCAAACUUUCACAUGAAGACCCUGAAAUCAAGAUUUCUCAUCAAGAAGAUAGUCUUACUAACAAACAUCUCAACGAGCAAUUGCUGUUGCUUAAACAAGAGGUCGAGCACCUUAAGUCUGUUGUUGCUGAGUUACAGAAUAAACAAACUGAAUCCCAUUCAAAGUCUCCUAUUGACGCAGAGCCACCCGUGAUUUCUUCCCUAAGGACUUCCAAACUGAAGGGAUCAAAAUCGAAGUGGUCAAAGAGGGCAAAAAAACCGGCGCUUGUUUCCACUCAUGAUCCUAUCUGUACGGAUUCUUCCUCAUCUGCCGUUUCGAUCCUGGAGGUUCCCCAACCUGAAUUGAAGAGCAUAGACUCAAACCUACCUGAAGACUGUUGUUCUCCCAAAAAGAAGAAAUGUAGUCAAAACUCCAGUGGGGCAGAUUUAGCUGCGAAACCUGCUCAAGAUCAAAUCUACCCAGUAUAUCGAUAUUAUUACUUAACAGUAGUGGACAGCUACACAAAAUGGCCUGAGGUCACAAGGUGUAAACAAGCAACCCCAUAUACAGUAAUAAACUUCUUACAUGAGCUGUUUUCAAAGUUUAGUGUACCGGAUACAAUUGUCUCUGAUAAUGGAACACAGUUUGUAUCCAGUGAGUUUAAAAGAUUCUAUGAGAUAUUCACAUUAGAACAUAAAACUAAAGCACCAUAUCAGCCUAAAUCAAAUGGAAGGGCCAAACGGUCAGUGGAUUCUUUUAAGAGAGCUUUAAAGAAAGUUAAUAAGGAAGCCACAGACAAGGUCACAAUCCAACAAUUCUUAAGGGUAUACAGGGUAACUCCGAAUCCAAAUGUGCCAGAAGGAAGUUCCCCAGCAAAAUUAAUGUUUGCCAGAAAGGUUAAGUCAGUAUUUGAUAAACUGUUACCAGUGAAGAAGAAAAUACGUACUUGUAAAGACAUACCAAAAUUCUUUAGAAUAGGUGAUAAGGUAUAUAUAAGAAUGUACAAAAAUGGUAAGCAAUACUGGAAAGAAGGAGAAACUGUAACAUACAUAGGAAGAAUGAUGUAUGGUGUAAGAAGCAGAAAUGGAAUGGAAAAGAGACAUAGAAAUCAGCUUAAGGAAAGAGUCAUAGAAAAGCAACCAACAAGAGUAGAAAUACUGAUGGAUUGGCUAUAUGACACUUUACAGGUACCAACACCAUUACAAGAAGUCAAAACCAUAUGA